AUGACGCAGCUCGAGGUCUUGAAUGAAGAACUCGAAAAUCUUACCAGGGAAGCAGACUUACUGCUAGGAGAGUUGGAGGCUCCUCUGAAAUCAGCUCGACCGCUGGGAAUCGAUGUAGAGAAAAUUAAAAGCGACGUAACACGGAGAGUAGAGGAAUCUCAAGAUUUAACAGAGAUGAAGAGAACUUUGGAGGAACGAGCAAUGCAGGUCUAUGAUGUCGAAAUCACUCCGCCGUAUUCUUCCCCAGUUUGA